UGCGCACAUUUUAGUCUUGUCGAGUACCGUGUACCGAAUGUGCGCGUAGAUCGCUUUCGAACGAUGUUUUGUCGUAUAGAAAUUCCGUACGUUGAUUAAUUGAGUGAUUUAAAAUUUUGUUUUUCGAAAUAAAAUUGAGUGAGAAAUUUAAUUGAAUUGAGUUUGAAUAGAGUGAGAUUUUGCUUAAAUUUGUUGCAAAAAGAAAUUUAAUCGAAGAUCUGAUCGGCAUUUGACAGCAAUGUUUUGAGUUUUGAUACACAACAUUCCAAUUAUUGAGAAGUUUAUUUUUUGUGUGUGCAUAUUGUUCGUCAUUCAAGUUGGAUAUCUAUUUUGGAUUAUAACAAUUUAUCUUCGAAAAAACAAAGAUGCUGAAACACGUGCAAAUAUCGCCUCUGAGAAAUCGAUCCGAUUCGCUAUCGAUACGUUCCACAACAUCCUGUGCAUCGUCAUUAUGUGGAAGCCCCGAACCACCAUCGGAACAAUUGAGAGCAACAUCAAGAGCAUCCAGCUAUUGUAGUUUAAACGAUGCUAUACCACAGACAACAAUUAAAGUGUUUACCGGCUGUUUGCGUCUAGACAUUGAAUAUAAAACACUCGGAAUACAAUGGGACACAACUAGCAAGGAAGUGGUGGCACAGCUUCUAAGAAGAUGCAAAAUGCGACAGAGAGAUCCUCGUUUAUUUUAUCUAUCAAUGGAAGUAACCGUCCGACGUGCUAGCGUUCGUACGGUUUUGGUAUUGGACGAUGAGGCACGUCCAGCUAUUCUACAAGCAUGCCAUCCGAAAGGAGAUUCAAAAUUUUAUUUGCAACUUAAACCUGGAGGACUCAUUCGAGUGCAUACUUCGGCUCUUCAACCAACUUCUCAAUACAAAAGUCUUGUAAUAUCCGAAGAAACCACUUCAGAUGAACUUUUAUCGUUAUUGCUGUCUUCAUACAAUUCAAGCGAACCUGUUGAACAAUUUUCUUUGUACGAGGUCUGUCCCGGUCAGGAAUAUCAACGUAAAUUGCAUCCGGACGAUCUACCACUACGGGCUCAAAUUCAACGAACACAAAAAGGCGAACAGUGUCACUUUCUCGUUCGGAAAAAUCCACACUACCCGCGUCGGAAACAAAUUUUACCACCCAUCAUCGAACAAUCAUCUUCUACACAUUCACUAAACGCAACCGCAUCACAAUGCACCUCAUCAUCAUGUAAAUUGUGUGUACAAACUGGACAUCAGACAUGCAACAACAACAACAACAAUAAUAAUAUCACCACCACACAAUCGAACCAUUCGUUCACGGAUGAAUUAUGCAAAAUGUGUAAAAAUAACUUUAAGUCGUGCGAAUUUUGCAAUAAAAAUGCUGCAAACAAAUUGAGUACCCGCUCCAGUAUCGGAAGCGUCGGAAGUAUUAGCAUUCAAUAUACACCAAUCAGUAAAAAUUCAUUAUCGUACAAUCCAGUCUACAAUAUCCGCGAAAUACGAACCGUUUGCAAUUCAUUUUCGUCGCUCGGAAUCGACAAGAAAUUAUUGGAAGUGGAACGAUCGGGUACGGGCGUUUUGAUAAGUAAUAGCAAUAAGAGUACUGUCGUCCGAGAAGCCGUGAAUAAUAAUCCAGCUAAGGGAUUCGGUAGCUUCAUUUACAUUUAGUAUUCUUCUCUGCGUUCGCACGGAAUGCUUUUAUCAUUCGGAAA